GAAGUCAUUCGAGCCCAAGAGUCCUUUGCGUCCGAGAUGGCUGGCAAUAUUCAUCCACUCUACACUCGCUUAUCCUGGAGAACCUCCUCCCAUCAUCUUCUCUUGCUAAUGCCGUUUAUGUCCAUUGUACUUUCUUACUUCUCUUAUUCCAUUACAAAUGGGGAGAGGUAGCAGGAACCUUUUUUCUUUCUCUUUUUUGUCAUCAUGAGCAGCUCUUUGCCUCCAUCUUUUUACUUUGUCAUCUGUUUUCCUCAACGAUAUGAAUACGGCAUGAAGAGGACUGAAAGAAAAGGAACUUCCAUCGUAGCAGCAAGCAUUGGCGGGUUAUGUUUGUGUGCGAGGCACAUUAUGAUGAUAUUCAAGAAAUCCAGAAUCCGUUCUGAAAUCAAAGGCUAUCCAGUUGUUUUCCAAUAUGUGACCAGUUCAACGGAGGUGAAGAGAUCCAAAUUAUACAAUUGGUCGAAUUGAGGUUGAGGAAAGAACGAAAGCACCCCAGAGCAG